AUGCAGCAAGGAAAGGUGGAGCAAAGAAAGGUGUGGCUUCACAAUCAGGUUCACAACAACCUGCACUUUUUCCUCCACGAGAGUGAAUCCCGCAGACAGAUGGAAUGCUUUUAUGCCACAAUGUAGUUUAACAUUUGCAGCUUCGCCGUGCAUUUUACUCCAUCUCGUUUUUAUCUUUUCAUUUUUUUUUUGGCACAGCAAAGUUUUUCUCUCCCUUUGGAAUGGAUGAAGACACACCACUGUGAGGACAGCAGAACAAUGCUAGAGAGUGAGUUUGACAGGUAUGGAAAAAGACAGGGAAUGUUGGAAGACUGGCGACACAGGAGAUGGUGCAGUGCUCCACGGCCUCGCUGCCUCCUCUUCGUAGUGGCACUGGCAGUAGUUUUGUUUUAUUACAGCGUAAACAUCGAGAACAGUGCAAGUGAGUGGAGACCCGAAUGGUGGAUGCAACAUAAUGCAACAAAAUGGUGGAGUGUGCUGAAAAGAAUUGGCAAAUUUUCUCUCACGGGAGCUGAUUGGCACAUUUCUCCAGAGUCAGAGGCCGUGAAAACCGGACAAGCACUUGAAGGAAGUGACGCCGAAAGUCAGCUGCUCCCUGUACGCCGAAGCCCAUACAUUGUGGCUUACCCGUCUGAGUAUCACUUUAUUAUAAAUGAGCCAAACAAAUGUGACGAGCAGAAACCUUUUGUGGUCCUGAUGGUUCCUGUGGCGCCCCACAACAGACUCCAUCGAGACAUUAUUCGCAGCACCUGGGGUGGGGAAAGUGUGGUGUUGGACAAGGUGGUCAACGUCUUCUUCCUGAUGGGGCUGCAUAGCGGCGAACCUGUGGAACAGCUUGAAGAACAGCUGCAGCAAGAGAGCAAGGAGCAUCAAGACUUGAUCCAAAGUAAUUUUCUGGACAGCUACAACAACCUGACCAUCAAAACCAUGGUGAUGCUCGAGUGGCUCACCUCCUACUGCUCCGGUGCCUCUUAUGCCAUGAAGAUUGAUUCCGACAUAUACCUUAAUGUGCCAAAUCUCAUUUCCAUGUUGUUAAAUGCACCCACAACAAACUACAUGACUGGACAUGUGGCCAGAGGAGCAGAAGUACGGAGAAAUCCCACCGCCAAGUGGUAUGUCCCGGUGGAUAUUUACCCGAAAGCACAGUACCCACGUUAUGCUCUGGGCCUGGGUUAUAUUCUGUCUUUGGACCUGCCUAUAAAGCUUGUGGCAGCUUCCAGAUUUGUCAAAGCCAUCUACCUUGAAGACGUGUACUUGGGGAUGUGCAUGGAAUACCUGGGCAUUCCUCCCACAGACCCUCCACAUAGGAAUUACUUCCAUUACAGUCCGGUGCCGUACAAUCGCUGUGUUUAUUCCAAACUUGUUGCCACCACCUUGGAUGAACAUACCAAUCUCAUGUGGAUUUGGAAAGAUUUCCAUCAAGCAGGGAAGGCCUGCUGAUCUGUCAAAGUACUACUUGCCCUAAUGGUGGGCUAUCCCCGUAUAUGCUUUGUUGUUGUUGUUUUUAACUUUGUUAUUUCGCAACACGUUUACAGUGAGCACAUGAAAAGGGAAUCGGUAUUUAAUAUCCAUUGCUAUUUGCGAACAACAGAUGGGGUAGCACCUCCAUUAUCUUUCCAACCAAUCUUUCCGUGCAACGGUGAUUUGAGAAAAGCCCAAACGAAAUAUGUUUUUGCCACAAGUAACGAAACAAAAUACAUUAAAUGAAGCAUGAAAAAAUAAUUUAUGUUUCGUAAAUUUGACAAAGUAAUCGUUUUACCGAAGUGAGAUAUUGAUGAGCGACAAACCCGAAGUGCGACGUCACUGCAAGAUGACAAUAGCAGGGCGCACUAUGGAAUGGUUGGGACAAAUCGUGUGUGUGUGUGUGUGUGUGUGUGUGUGUGUGUGUGUGUGUGUGUGUGUGUGUGUGUGUAUACGGUGUUGUACUUUGUACUUAUUAAUAUUUUAAUUUUAAAUGCAUGGAUUUAUUUCAUGCAUGUUUUUUUUAUGGAUCAUGAAGUCAUAAUGUAAAGCAAGGGGUUGGGGGGGAUGAACUUGAUAAGCUGCACCUUCGCAAACAUUUUAUAAUACUGUACUAUGUCUUUUCAAAAUGAUAAAUAUGUCACAUUUGGAUCAGUUUGGUCUCCUCUGUAGUGUAGUAAAUAGUGAUUGACGUUUCUGUCUUUAUCUACUGGUUGACCUGAAAUAAAAAUGUGCUGGCUGCUUUAUGUGGUGUUGAAAGUUUGAUAUUUUUCAUCAGAACAUUGUGUGUAGAAAUGUACAAAAGAUGCACUAAUCUCUACAAUAAAAGUACAUUGCCUCGGUGUGAUCACAUGUAAGUGCAGCACUCAAACCGUGGAGGAUGCCGUAUUAAUGUCUUAACCUACAUUUGAAUGACCUGUGUGUCCAUGACUCCAAGCAUUUCAGCUUGCUCUUGUGAUUAAAAAGAUGUGUUUUAA